AUGACCACUCGGCGCACCCGUACCGUCAACCCCAGCACUGCCAUAACGACCUCAAACAACCCACCAACUUCAACUACAACCACACCCAUCGCAUCUUCUGAUGUCGCCCCAAUAAACAACGUGCCAGACCCUAAUGCUCUGCCCGUGGCAUAUCCACCUCUGCUAUUCUCUCAUUCUUUGUUUUUGUUAGCUUUGGUGGUUAUUUUGCCGAGAUCCUCGUUCCUGAUUCCGGUUAUUGCAGAGAGUCUGCCGAAGAGGGAUAGGGGACUGGACAGGCCGCAAGCCGCAUGGUUGGAACCAUUAACUGCUUCCCCAACGCUCACUUUGUUCUGGUGUAUCCUUGGCUCGGGCCUUCUCGUCAGUUGGUGGGCGGGAUGGAUGAGACAGUGGGUCAGAGAGGGACGUAUGGGUGGUGGCGGUGGUGGUGUUGAGGAGAGGUUGAAUAAGUUGGAGAAGGAAAAGGAGGGCGGUGAGGUGAAUAAAGGGAGCGGGAAGGCGAGAGAACUCGUGAAUGCGUGGAUAUUCACUCUCUACGUCUCAGUUUUCUACCAUGUUAUUCUUGUCCUCUUCGGGGCACCAAUAACGACUCACAUCCCACAAACCUACUUCCUCUCCCUCCUCCUUUCUAUCCUCACCUCUCUUACGCCUGCAUAUGCACUUGGCCCGCCGUCGCUCUCAUCGUCCACGUUUGAAAGACUAUCCCAGACAACCGUGUUUCCAUUGUCGUUGCCCAUCAGAGCAGCGUGUUUCCUGUUCGCUUUAGUCGAUGACGAUACUUUGAAGGGUAAGGAAGGGUCUAGCGCAAACGCGAGGGUUGUGAGGAAUGAUAUGUGGGUCAGGUUAUUCGCUGAGUUGAGUCCCCAAACAGCCCCCUCAGCGGCCCUUCUUUUCCCGUCCUUGUCAUCCCUCUCCUCCGCAUGGCUCUGCACAAUCCCCCUCGCACUCGAUUGGGACCGUCCAUGGCAAGCAUAUCCGCUCACGACAGCUUACGGAGCGGUCGUGGGUUACGUACUGGGCGGGUUGGGAGCGUUAGGGUGGAGCGGGAUAAGGAGUGUAUGGAAAGAGGUUAGAGAGGGAGAGAUGGCGCAAAAGAUGGAGGAUACUGGGAACGUGAAGGGUGUGAAGGGCGGUAAGGUAGAGAAGAAGAAGGGAAAGAAGAAUUAAUGCGAGGGUGGGACGUGUGGGAUGGUUGCAGUUGGACUGGACUUGGCAUGGACUAUAUGAUACCUUAUACUAUGGAUCUGGAUAAUGCGUAUGGCAUAUUGAGCGAGGUGUUGGAAUGGGCCGAGUUGCUUACUCUUUGCU